AUGACGGGGUUAAGUGAUGAUGAUAUCUUAGUUCUCUGUGAUGCGUUUAAGGAUGAUAAGAAUCGCAAUGCUUUCAUGUCUUUGAAUGACAAGCAUGCAAGAAAAUGGGUUGACCGAGAAAUUGCACAGCAAAAUCUAUACUAUAGGCCGUCAUUUCCCGGGAGGCAUGGCGUGGCAAACCGAAUAUUGGCGGAAACAUUCCAACAUUCUGGAGAAACCAUCAGUAGGCAUUUUAACAAUGUACUACGCGGCAUUGUGAGGCUAAAAGAUGACUACAUAAUGUUGCCGUCAAGUAAUGCUGCCGUGCAUCCAAGAAUUCGGAAUAAUCCAAAUUUUCAUCCUUUCAAGAAUGCUAUUGGAUGGGAAGGCUCUGCUGCCGAUAUGAGAGUACUUCGAUGGGCAUACGAAAGAGGUGGUUUCGUUGUUCCCGAAGGCAAGUAUUACUUAGUAGACUCGGGAUAUGCAAAUACUGAAAAAUUUCUUGCACCCUAUAGAGGAGAGCGUUAUCAUAUUAGUCAGUUUGACGCAAGCACACGGGCCCGCGUUCAUCGAAAUCCACGAGAUUUGUAUAACCACCGGCAUGCUCAAUUAAGGAAUGCGGUUGAGAGGACAUUUGGCAUUUUGAAGAAGCGUUUCAAAAUUCUAAAUGUAGCAACACCGUUUUCGUAUAAAGUUCAAUGCUUGAUUGCUAUGGCAUGUUGUAUAAUACAUAACUUCAUUCGCCGUCACCAAGCAAAUGAUAACAUUUUUCCUGAUGAGGGUGCAGAUGAACAGGACGCUGAUAAUGAAGGUGGAGUGGACGAUUUAGUGGGAGUAAUUGAGGACUCCCAAAAUGGUGAGGAUCUACGUGCUAAUAUUACAAAUCAAUUGUGGAACACUAGAAUAUAAUUUUAUAUAAAUUAGAUAAUUGUAUUGAU